AUGGUCUCACACGCACCCAAGCCCGGCCACGCGAAGAAGUCGUCUUCAUCCUCCAACCACAAUGGCCAACCCCGCGAGCGCGAACAACGGCCAAGCAGAGAGGGGACGGCGCAAAAGGCAGCACAGGAUGUGGCAGGCCUUAAGGACUACCAGUUGGGCGACUGCUUGGGCAAAGGCGCUUUCGGCAGCGUUUACAGGGCGCUCAACUGGGGGACAGGCGAAACGGUCGCCAUCAAGCAAGUCCGGCUGGAGAACUUGGGCGCGGCCGACCUCAAGAACAUGGAGAUGGAGAUUGAUCUGCUCAAGAACCUGAACCAUGCCAACAUUGUCAAGUACCACGGCUUCGUCAGAAGCUCCGAGAGCUUGUACAUUAUCCUCGAGUACUGCGAAAACGGAUCGUUGCACAGCAUUUGCAAGAACUUUGGAAAAUUCCCCGAGAACCUCGUCGCCCUCUACAUGUCCCAGGUCCUUCACGGCCUCCUCUACCUCCACGAGCAGGGUGUUAUACAUCGAGACAUCAAGGGUGCGAACAUCCUAACCACAAAGGAGGGGCUCGUAAAGCUGGCAGACUUUGGCGUAGCGACAAAGCAAUCGGGCCUGGAUCAGUCGAGCGUUGUGGGCACACCCUAUUGGAUGGCGCCCGAGGUCAUUGAGCUCUCAGGUGCCACCACGUCGUCAGAUAUCUGGAGCUUGGGAUGCACCGUCAUCGAGCUAAUCGAAGGGAAGCCGCCAUACCACAAGCUACAGCCAAUGCAAGCCUUGUUCAGAAUCGUCAACGACGAGCACCCGCCAAUACCUGGCAGUGCAUCUCCUCUUCUUCGUGAGUUCCUCAUGGAAUGUUUCCAGAAGAACCCCACACUUCGUAUUUCUGCCAAACGACUACUCAAACACCCAUGGAUCCUUAGCGCCAAGCGCACCGUCCCUGCAGUUCCCACAAAACCGACUGAAUACCAGGAAGCAGUCAAGUCUGUACAGGAAUGGAAUGAAGCCUUGAAGUCUCCCAGCUCUUUACGUAGGAGCUCUCGCCUUUCCACGGGCUUGCAGAGACCCUCACUUGUUGGGGCAAACAGUGCUGGUUCAGGCUCUCGCCCGGCUCCCGUCAAUGUCAACCUCAACAUACCCAAGCACAGACCUACCGCAGAGUCUUUUCGCUCGCCCGAGUUGGAUCAUGACGACAACUGGGAUAACGAUUUCGCUGAGAGCAUCUCUCCCCGCGCCUUGCAAAUGCCACAUCUUAAGCCUCAAGACAACUUCGCCGGGCUCUUCUCAAACGACAGACUCAAGGCCUUUGCCAGUUUUGAGUCCGUCACUGAGCUGCCAGAGUAUGGUGACGGCGAGGCUACGGUGAAGAGUCCGGUAAACCUGCAUCAGUACCAGAGUUUUCCCAAAGCUUCGGGCCAGAGAGCGAGUGCUAGAGCAAGUGGAGCAAGCAGUAGAGCUGGAUCGGCAAGGCCAUCUUCGAGAUCCACUUCUAGUGCUACUGAUUCAGAGUAUGAGGAAAGCCGAGCUGAGAGUGACAGCGGCAGUGAACACAGUAGUCUUGCCAUGCUUACAUCGAAGAUGGCAAGCUCCUUCACCAUCGCAGACGAGGAUGACCUUGAUCCAUUCGCCAAUCUCGACGAGGGACUAGACAACAUCAACCUAGAGAACAAUGUUGCUCGAGACAGAGACGAUCGGCUGACAAAGACAACUGAAAGCCUAGUAGGUUGCUUGAAGACCAGUCAGCCUGACGACGAACUGCUCGAUAUCGCAGAUCAACUACUACAAGUUCUGCACGAGUCGCCCGACAAACGAUCAAUCAUUCUGCGGAGUCACGGCAUGCUGCCUAUCUUGGAGAUCCUGGGGACCAGACCACACAAUGAGGUAGUCCUGCCUCUUUUGAAGAUCAUCAACCUCAUCAUACUUGAAGACUCUGAAGCACAAGAGAGCCUGUCUUUCUUGGGUGGCAUCCCAACAAUCUGCUACUUUGCGUCGAAGAAGUUUCCCAGCGACAUCCGGAAAGAGGCUGCAGCCUUUGUGCGACAAAUGUACCAGACCAGCACGCUGACACUGCAGAUGUUCAUUGGCUGUGGUGGUAUCAACGUGCUAGUAGAGUUCCUGGAAGAGGACAUCGACGCUGAGCGUGACUUGGUACUCAUUGGUGUGAAUGGUGUAUUCGGUGUGUUUGAACUGCAGGGACCUACACCGAAGAACGACUUCUGUCGCAUCUUCUCCCGGUCGAGUGUGCUCUACCCGCUAAGUCUGGUGUUGAACCGGAUGGUUGAGGAAGACGGAGAAGUUGCGCGACUUAUUGUCGGCAGGAUCGUACAAAUCUUCCUCAUCUUCUCGCAAGCUGAGAGCCAUGUCAAGGAUCUUGUGGCAGAUCGAAUGAUCUUGAAGCGUGUUCUCAAGGACCUUCGCAAAAUGUCCCCACCACACCAAAUUACUAUGCUCAAGUUCAUCAAGAACCUGAGCUCGUUGUCCUCCACACAUGAAGCCCUCCAAAACUCCAACGCCAUCGACAUAUUGAUCGAAUUACUCAAGUCGACUCGGCAGAAAGAUGCGAUGAGUCGCAGCCAGAGCAGGUCCGCUUCUGACCCUAAACGACUCCCUCCUUUCCACCGUGAGAUCUCCAACCAGAUUCUGAACACCAUGUACAAUCUAUGUCGGCACAACAAGAGCAGGCAAGAAGAGGCGGCACUUUCGGAUAUUAUCCCUCUACUGAAGGAGGUCGUGCGAGAGGGUGGACCACUCAAAGAAUUUGCGCUACCCGUGCUGCUCGAGAUGGUCAACUCGGGCAAGGUCGCGCGCAAGAUGCUGUGGGACGCAAAGGGUCUUGCAUUCUACGUAUCACUACUUGGCGAUCGCAAUUGGGCGGUGACUGCCUUGGACGCUAUAUUCGUCUGGCUCCAAGAAGAAACUGCGCGCGUUGAGCAAUACCUUCUUUCUUCCCAAUCAAGCUUCACCACCGCCGUCAUCUCCGCAUACACCUCCGCCGAUCUCCCCCAAUCCACGUUCGAAAAUAUGCUCGAGCCGCUGCAAAAGGUUGUCCGUCUAUCUCCUCCGAUCGCUGCGUCGCUCGCCGUCCCUGAGAUCUUCGGUCGCACAGAACAAAAACUUGGGCAUAAGGAUGCCGUUACACGUCUGAAUUUCCUCAGGAUUCUGCGGACAAUCUGUGAUGCAAAGGACGAGGGCUGCUGGCUUAUACGGGCAUUCGGCUGCUACGAGCGCAUUAGCUGGCUCAUGGAGCACGAUUCUGCGGUGUUGGUGCGGCAGAUGGCUGAAGAGCUGGUUCGAGCUUGCGACCAAGUCGAGCAUUCGGGCAUCAACAAGGGCGUGAAUGGCAAGCGAAGCAUGAGCCGGGCUUCAGCAGUGAACAUGAACAUGAACCUACGACGCCCAGCAUCAUCAGCUGGUCGACGAGAUGGCUCAGGCUCAAGUACCGGAUCUACACUCGUAAGCUCUGGCAUGGGUCUCACACCUCCAACACCCAACUCUCUCAAGAGCACAUUCAUGCUCCCACAAAUGAACACACCAACCAGUCUAGGCAGCGGCCGACACGCGGUUUCGCGCUCCCAGUCAUCAGCCGCGAUGUGGGAUCUCGCCGAAGACCCUUCCGUCCGCCCCCCAUCCUCCAGCCGCUCAAAACCCCCCCAACUGACACGCAGCACAACCUCAUUCGCCAACCUCCAACAACACGCAAACUCCCCCAAUGCAGCACGCACGCCCUCGCGCCCACCCUCACGCGACGCAGCAACAAGCCUCGCCCGCAUAGAAGCAAAUAACGCUGCGAAAUCCUCUUCCCGCCUCCCAAAAGCACGUCCGGGUCGCCUCAACGACGCCAUCUCACGCCGCAGACAGUCCAACGUGAACACUGGGCCGGAGAAUGAGAUUCCAAUGCAUAUUACCACUCCGACACCCACUCCAACACAUGCUCCUCCUCCUGCACCGACGACGAAUAAUACUCCUCACGCCCCGCCGCUUCCUAGACUGCAGAUCGUGAGACGCAGGAGGGAGACUAGUGGUGGGGAGAUGAGUACAGCUGCUGCGCGUAAAGGCCCCGCUUCCUCUGCUGCUGCGGACUAG